AUGAAUCAGGGAACAAAUACUAGAGCACGCCAUGGUGAUGGAAGAAAGUGCUAUGAGUGUGGGGAGGUUGGACACAUCAAGAAAGAAUGUCCAAAGUUAAAGAGUCAAGGAGGCAUAGGACGUGGCAGGGCUUUUGUGAUCGGAAGUAGAGAGGCUAUCCAGGACCCUUCGGUCGUAUCUGGUACGUUUCUUAUAGAUAAUUUAUAUGCUGCUAUACUUUUCGACUCUGGAGCAGAUCGAAGUUUUAUAACUCCGACGUUUACAAAAUUGUUAAGUCAUAAGUCUAGCAGAUUAAAAGAAAUCUAUGAAGUAGAAAUCGCUAACGGCCAAACUGAGAAAACACAUGAAAUCCUAGAAAAGUUUAUGUUAACUCUUAAUAACUACCCUUUUCACGUCAACCUCAUGUCAAUGCCUAUCGAUAGUUUUGAUGUCAUAAUUGGCAUGGAUUGGUUAUAUUCACACCGCGCCGAAAUUCUAUGUCAUGAAAAAGCUAUACGAAUACCCUUACCAAACGGUGAAGCCCUGAUUAUCUAUGGUGAUAAAUGUGGUAAGAAUCUCAAAGUCAUCUCUUGUACUAAGACCCAGAAAUAUCUACAUAAGAAAUGUAGCGCAUUCUUAGCCCACAUUGUAGAUAAGAAGAGAAAGACAAAAGAAAUCAAGGACAUACCUCAAGUAUGUGAUUUCCCUAACGUGUUUCCUAAAGAUCUACCUGAAAUACCUCCCGUCCGACAAGUCGAGUUUCGAAUCGACUUAAUUCCAGGAGCAACGCCAGUAGCGAAAUCUGCUUAUCGGUUGGCUCCAUCUGAAAUGCAAGAAUUUCAUCAGACCAACAUCAAGGGUGCACUGUUUGAAGCUCUUUAUGGACGAAAAUGUCCUUCCCCAAUAUGUUGGGCAGAAGUUGGAGAUUCGCAAAUGGCCAGAGAACGUACAGGCGAUAGCUUACGUACUGGACCAGAAAUAAUCCACGAGACAACUGAAAAGAUUGUGCACAUUAAGGAUCGAUUAAAGGUUGCACGUGAUCGUGAAAAGAGUUAUGCUGACGUAAGACGCAAACCUUUAGAAUUCCAAGUUAGAGAUAAAGUAAUGGUGAAGGUCUCUCCUUGGUAA